AAGUUUAACGACGGUCUCUUCUUAGAAGAACGUGAAAAGCGUUAUAAUAGUAAGGUAUACCUCUACUACGGCGAAGUAGAAUACUUUUAUAGAGACUACCUAAAGAAUAAGUUAACUAAGAGAAUACUAUACUCUACUAAGGAACUAGAUAAAACUCUUAGUGACCUAGACUUAUACAACGAAGUAAGAUAA